AGUUUCAGCCUUUCCCUACAAACAUCCCCCUCCCCUACCUUCCCCUCCCAACAGCAGACAGGGGCACACAAGACGACCACACUCUCCAGCCAAACCCUAAUUGUGUGUGCGUGUGUGUGCAUUUUUUUUUUUUUCCCCCCCUGACAUGAAGAAGGAAACCAAGUUAACAUGUGGCGCUGUUGGAUGCCCUUCAUCUUGGCCUGGGUAUCCAUGGCAACCCCAACGCACUGCCAAAGUGGAGAUUGGGGUUCAGGCUUUGACAUCUACUCCGAGAUAAUGGCUUCCAACGACACAUUGCAGGCGAUUGGUGAUGAACCCGAGAGGAUGAGACACAACAAAGACUGGAUCACGUCACCGACUUUCUCACCAUCAUCCCCACCUAAGCUGCAAUAUGAGACUUCACCUGACAAGUGCUCGGUCUACUUCAGCACUAACACCGCUUCAGCUCGACGACUCAAGGCCCAGAAAGAGGAGCUGGCUUAUCUGCAGGCCAUCCAACAUGGAAACAAAGCGGUGAUGGAUAACUUGGCUCAGUUUGUUGGAGCAGAGCUGGGAGAUCAGAGCUAUGAAGAUGUGAUCAAGGAAAAUAUAAUUGGCAUCCAGGAGGACCAGAAGAGUUGCCACGAGGUGGUGGAGAAAGCUGAGGAAGAUCUAGAAAAGCAGCUGGAGGGGGAAGCGUCAGGUGCUCUCGCUGGGAUGCAGAAAAUCAGAGAAGAGUCUUUGGCCUUUGAAGAAAUGCUCCAUGUCGCAGCAGACAUGGCCAACAGGCUGGAGAUCUCGUCGCAGGCCCUGCAUGCUUCAUUCACCAAGCAGCUGAAAGACAUUGGCAAAGUUCAUCGCUAAAGAAGUGCUGAAACACUUUGCACACUGUGCACAUGUCAUACUUUAACUUUUGAUGUUUGGUAUCCUGUGUGAAAUCCAAAAAUAAGGAAAAAUAAAUCUUAAUGCAAUUCUAUAUUUUUAAUUACUUUCUUUACAGCACUAAGUUACAAGGCCAAGGUCAAACCUAAACUGUAGGACUCAACAUGAUACAGAGAUGACAGGAAUGUUGGUAAUCUCACAUUGCAUGUACAAUAAAGAAACACGGCAAAGAAGAAUCAUUGGGUGAAAAACACACGUUUUCUUUCACUGAAGUUAAAACCCCGUAAAACAUUUUCCAUUCAGGCAUUAUUCAGGGAAUUUGGUGAGGUCAGAUGUGGCAACAGUAUGUGGCGCAGGUUGAAGCCAAGUUGAGUGUUUAUGGAUCAAACUAGAUUGGCCCUCGGAGAUCAAACAUAAUGGCUCUGUUAGUCUUCUCCAGAGGAAGGUAUGCAUCGACCAUCUGGUUCCAGGGUAAGGAUGGAGGCCAGGAUAGGAUGACUAGUGUGUUCCAGUGAAAAUAAUGCAAUAA